AUGGGCCCACACGCCCAAGCGCGCAGAGAGAUUUCAGUAUCUGAGGCUUCUCCAAAGGGAGAACCAGCUGCUCCGACCGCCCAGUAUCCACGAAUCUAUCCCAGCCCAUCUUCUCCCAUUGAGCCAUCGGCUUACACCCAUGUCGCCAAUGGCAACCCGACUGCUCUGACCAUGUCUGCCGAGUAUGGGCCUCGUCCUUCUACCCGAGACUCCCCCGUACCACAAGGGGGACAAAGAGAUCAGCAAGGUCACUACGUUGGUUCUUCAAGUGCCGUAGCCUUUCUCAUUCGUAUCCAGAGACGUCUGCAUCAAAGCUCGUCUCUCUCGCAUGACUCGACCAUCUUCACGUUUGGCGAUGCUCCGCUGCCAGAGUUUGAUCAAUCUCUAUUCUUCCUACCGCCAAAAUCCGAUGCACAAAGGCUUGUGGAACGGUACUUUGAUUUCGCCGCUCCAACACAUCGAUUUCUGCAUCGGCCAAGUAUUGAAAAGUUAUUGGACGAGUUCUAUGACACGCUAGGCGAAAUAAGAGGCAAAGAAGAUGGCAAGGCAAAGGCUGCACUUUUGAUGGUUGUUUUUGCCCAGGCGCAAGCGUACAUGCCUCCAGGCAGUACCGUGCAAGAAAACAGUGCCCGCUACUUUUUCGCAGCCGAACAUCAGCUAUCGAAGGAGCGCGGUGCUGUAAGACUGGCAAGCGUACAAGCACGAUUGCUGCAGUGCUUUUACCUUCUCACCCAGUCGCGUAUCAACCACUGUUGGAGCCUUUUCGGCACGCUGUCACAUCUUGUUCUUGCCAUAGGCUUGAAUCGCGGGAGGAAAUGCGAUCCUUCCAACAAUGUGGAUUAUGUCGAGCUUGAGAGCCGAAGACGCGUCUUCUGGUGCGCGUACUCUCUUGACAAAUACCUCGCGGCAGCUCUUGGUCGCCCACGAACUUUCAAAGAUGAGGAUAUUGACCAGGAACUCCCAACCAUUGUCAACGACAAUGAUCUCCUCCCAUCAUAUAUCAGGCCGGCCCCUCCCCAUUCUCAUUGCAUGAUGACCGCCCCAGUAGAGCACAUCAAGCUAACGCGAAUCGUCUCUCUCGUCCUACGAGACCUAUAUUCCAUCCGGCCUCCGAGUCUAGGCCUACGCAUUGAGCUCUCCGCCAAAUACACAGCCGAUCUCCACGCCUGGCACAACUCGCUCUCGGGCUUCCUCGCCGGCUCAAGCCACCAAGCCAGCGUCGACAGUCAGGCCCUAGUCCCCAUUUACCAGCGACAGCGCUCAGUGCUCAACCUAGCCUACCACCACGCCAUCCUCCUGAUCCACCGACCCUUCUUGCUCCGCGACUUCGCAAGCCUAACUCACAUGCCCACGCACCCAAACUGGGGCGCCAACCCAAACACCACUUACAACACGACGACCAACAUCGCCGCAUGCCUCGAAGCCGCCAUGGCCAUUGUACGCGUGGUAAACGACGUGUUCACCUCGUCGAAUUUGUUCCGCUCCUUCUGGUUCACACAAUACUACGCGUUCUGCGCCGUGGUCGUGCUGUACAUCCACCGCAUCCAGCAAGGGCUGGGCGUCAAGAACAACGUCGAAAUCGAAGGCUACUUUGAAAAAGGCGUCGAAUGCCAGAAGCAGCUUGAGACGGUCACAGACACGGAUUGCCUCGCCCGCAGAUACUGCCUUGUGCUCGAGGAACUGCGUGUAGAAGCCGAGCGCCAGUCCACGCGCCUGUUGAAUCCGGUUGAGGCUACGGCGACGGCUAUGCCGCCUGCUACAGAUGAGGCCACGACCACAUCAACAACAUCCACGACAAGCAUGAAUCUCGACACAGAACGUCCCACGCUGCUUGGCCCGCCCACUCCACUCCCCGCGCCUGCGAACCCGUCCAUGCCCGCUCUGCAAGAUACAUUGCUGGGCAACUCAGCAUUUGGCCCCGAUCUCUUCAGCUGGUCGGAUCUGGCGAGCUGGGGCCAGUUUGAAGGGUUCGUCACGGCAGGAAACGGCAUGUAUGACGGUAUGUUGGGGGAUGAUGAGUUUCAGUUUGAUUUUAAUCCUGCGCCGUAG